UCUUUUGUUGUUAUUCUACUUUUUUCUUCUCUGCUUUACUGCCGUAGCAAUAAAUAAACACAAAACAGGACAGUUUCAUAUCCUCUGUGCUCCGUUCUCUCUAACUGCUUUUUUCCCUUUAUAUUUAUUAGCAGAUUCAGAGAUUCCCAGACUGAACCUUUUUCUUUAUUUUCUUGGUUUCUGUAUGUCUUUCAUGAAUAUCCACAAUUAACUUUCUUCUUGUGUUCUUCUGUACCAUGCAAACAGAGGUUCCCUUCCAGUCUUCAACUUCCAAAAUUUGCUCUUGCACUAUUCUGUUUCUUGUUUGCUAAUUCUUGGCUAUUCUGAAGUAUCAAUGAAAAAUAACUUGUUUACCAGAAUUCACAUUAUGUUUCUUCAGCUUGUUCUUGUUGGGGUCUAUAUUAUUUUGUGCAAUGGUGCAUCAGAUGCUUCUAUAGCUCCAAUGGAGAAAUAUGAGAAAGAGGCAUUGUACUCUGCCAUUCAAGGUUUUGUUGGAAAUGAGUGGAAUGGUUCAUUUCUUUAUCCUGAUCCUUGUGGCUGGACAACAAUAGAGGGAGUAUCAUGUGAUUUCUCCAAUGGCUUCUGGCACAUAACGGAUUUAACUAUCGGAGACCUAUACGACAACUCCCUUCACUGCUCCCCAGCUGCAGAAUUCACAGAACACUUGUUUGACCUUAAGCAUCUAAAAAGACUUUCCUUCUCAAAUUGCUUCCUCUCAGAUCUGAACAAACAAAUUACAAUUCCCAUAUCAAAUUGGGAUAGUCUUGCGAACAGCCUGGAAUCGUUAGAGUUUCGAUCGAAUGCUGGUCUUUCUGGUACAAUUCCCACAAGUUUUGGCUACCUUAAGAAUCUUCAAUCUUUGGUGCUGCUUGAAAAUGGACUCGAAGGAGAAAUACCAGAAGUGCUAGGCAAUUUAAGUAAAUUAAAGCGCCUAGUCUUGGCAGACAACAAUUUUGUUGGUCCUAUUCCUAAUAGUAUAGGAAGAUUGAUAAAUCUUUUUAUACUUGACACCAGCAGGAAUUUUCUAUCUGGUGCAUUACCUGUGACUAUUGGUGAUUUGACUUCGCUUAUAAAGCUUGACUUGAGCAACAAUCGGUUACACGGAAAAUUACCUAGAGAAAUUGGAGGACUAAAGAGUCUAACACUGUUAGAUCUCAGCCACAACAAUUUUUCCGGGGAGUUGCCAGAGGCAUUUCAAGAAAUGGAUUCCUUAGAAGAACUUGUUUUAUCCGACAAUCCGAUAUCUGAUUAUGUUACAAGAAUUCAAUGGGGGAACAUGAAAAACUUGGAAAUGUUGGAUCUUUCAAACAUGGGAUUGACAGGGAAUAUACCAAAUUCCAUGACAGAAAUGAAAAGGUUGAGAUUUCUCAGCCUCAGCAAUAACAUUCUUUCAGGAAUUAUUCCAUCAAAAUUUGAGAAGAUACCAACUAUUAAUGCUUUGUACUUGGAUGGAAAUGAUUUCACAGGGAAACUUGAAUUUUCACCAAGGUUCUUUGCAAAAUUAAGGAGUCGUUUUCGAGCUUCAGGCAAUACGAAUCUGUGCUCGUCCCUCGAGUUAAGGCACGUUCCAGAAGGAGUAAAACAAUGUGAACAAGAAAGCAUAAAGAAUGAAUAUCUGAAUCAGAAUCCUUACCUUAUAGCUUCUUUGGGGCAACCAGACAACGUUGUUAGUCGUUUUACAUUUUGUUCUGUUGUAUGGAUGAUACUUAUGUCUCUUCUAUGGAUCAUAUUUUUAUGAAUAAUUAUCUUGCUUCAUUCUAUGAGAAAGAAUUUGGUUCGUUCUUGCC